AUGUCACCUCAGGGGCACCGUUUCAUAUCCACCACUGCUGCUGAACCAAGAACAGCAGUUAGUCCAGUUUUUAACUGUGAGCUUGAUAAUGGAACAUACAUCUGCACUGGUGCUCAGUAUCACAUGUACUGCAACACAGGAAUGCAUCAUUUCAACUACCAGAGAUACCAAAACCAAAAUCAAUACCAGUGCAUAAGUAAUGACUGUAUCUGUGUUGGUAAUAAUGACACAUGUACAUGCUACUUUAAUACUUCAUCCUGCUUCUGUAAUAUCUUUAGAAAUAACAUCACUGUCCCUACAGCAGUUAGGCCAGUCUAUGAAUGUAUGCGUUAUAAUGACCUGUACAUCUGCACUGGUUCUCAGUAUCGCAUGUACUGCAACACAAGUGUACAUGAUUUCCAUUACAACAGAUACCAUUACCACUGUAUGAGUGGUAACUGUGACUGCAUUGGUAAUAAGGACACCUGUACUUGCUACAGUAGCACUUUGUCCUCCUGCUUCUGUAAUAGCAGUAUCACUAUUCCUGCAGCAGUUAGUCCGGUCUUUGACUGUGUGCUAUAUAACGACACCUACAUCUGCACUGGUGCUCAGUAUCGCAUGUUUUGCAACAUGAGAAUACAUUAUUUCAACUACCAGAGAUAUAGAAACCAAAACCAAUACCAGUCCCAAUGCAGUAGUAAUAACUGUUACUGCAUUGGUAAUAAGGACACCUGUACAUGUUACAGUAGCACUUUGUCCUCCUGCUUCUGUGAGAAUUACGGCAAUAUAAUCGCCAUCCCUGCAGCAGUCAGUCCAGUCCCAGACCCUAACUGUGUGCUUUAUAAUGACAAAUACAUCUGCACUGGUGCGCAGUAUCGCAUGUACUGCAACACAAGAAUGCAUGAUUUCUCCUUCCAGAGUUAUCAGUACAAAUACCAGUACCAGUGUGUGAAUAAUAACUGUAACUGCAUUGGUAAUAAGGACACCUGUACAUGCUCUAGUAGUACUUUGUCCUCCUGUUUCUGUGAGACUUAUGGCAAUAGCAUUGCUCUCACUGCAGCAGUUACUCCAGCACAUGACUGUGUGCUUUAUAAUGACACAUCAUACAUCUGCACUGGUGCUCAGUACCAAAUGUAUUGCAACACAAGAAUGCAUGAGUUCAACUACCAGAGAAAUAGAAACCAAAACCAAUAUCAGUUCCAGUGUUGGAAUAAUAACUGUAACUGCUUUGGUAAUAAGGACACCUGUACAUGCUACAGCAGCACUUUGUCCUCCUGCUUCUGCAAGACUAAUGGCAAUAUCAUUGCUCUCACUGCAGCAGUUAGUCCAGCUUAUGGCUGUGAGUUAUAUAAAGGCAUAUACAUCUGCACUGGUGUUCAAUACCGCAUGUACUGCAACACAACAGUGCAUGAUUUCUACUAUCGGAGAUAUCAGAACCAAAACCAGUAUCAAUGUGUGAAUAAUAAUUGUUACUGCAUUGGUAAUAAGGACACCUGUACAUGCUACAGCAGCACUUUGUCCACGUGCUUCUGUGAGACUUACAGCAAUAACAUCACCAUCCCUACAGCAGUUAGUCCAGUAAGAGUCUCUCAAUGUGUGCUUUUUAAUGACACGUACAUCUGCACUGGUGCUCAGUAUCGCUUGUUCUGUGACACAAGAAUGCAUGAUUUCUACUAUCGAAGAUAUAGAUACCAAAACCAAGACCAGUACCAGUGUGUAAAUAAUAACUGUUACUGCACUGGUAACAAUAAUACUUGUACAUGCUCUGGAAGCACUUUUUCCUCCUGCUUCUGUGAGACUUAUGGCAAUAGCAUUGCUCUCACUACAGCAGUUAGUCCAGUCUAUGGCUGUGUGCUUUAUAAUGACACAUCAUACAUCUGCACUGGUGCUCAGUACCAAAUGUACUGCAACACAAGUGUACAUGAUUUCCAUUACGAUAGAUACCAUUACCACUGUUUAAAUAAUAACUGUUACUGCAUUGGUAAUAAGGACACCUGUUCAUGCUCUAGUAGCACCUUGUCUUCCUGUUUCUGUAAGACUUAUGGCAAUAUCAUUGCUCUCACUACAGCAGUUAGUCCAGUCUAUGACUGUGUGCUUUAUAACGACACGUACAUCUGCACUGGUGCUCAGUACCACAUGUAUUGCAACACUAGUAUGCAUGAUUUCCAUUACAGUAGAAACCAUUACCACUGUUUAAAUAAUAACUGUUACUGCAUUGGUAAUAAGGACACCUGUUCAUGCUCUCGUAACACUUCAUUCUCCUGCUUCUGCACAAAUCACAGCAGUAGCAUCACUAUUCCUGCAGCAGUUAGUCCGGUCUAUGACUGUGUGCUUUAUAACGACACAUACAUCUGCACUGGUGCUCAGUAUCGCAUGUUCUGCAACACAAGAAUGCAUUAUUUCAACUAUUGGAGAUACAGAAACCAAAACCAAUAUUAUUAUGAAUGCUGGGGUAAUAACGGUUACUGCUUUGGUAAUAAGGACACCUGUACAUGCUACGGCAGCACUUUAUCCUCCUGCUUCUGUGAGUCUAACAUCUCCAUCCCAACCACAAUCAGUCCAACUAAUGCAGGUGCGAAUAUCACACUGCCGGAUCAAUACAGGAGUCAGACCUCCAGAGGAUAUAUUCAAAAUCUUCUUGAGCAGAUAGAGAACAUGACAGCUCAAGAGCUUCCUUUGUAUACUGUGAUGAGCAUUUUGACUGUGGUAUUCAACACUUCAGAGAAGAUUUUAGAGUCAUCUUCAUCAGAAAACUCAACUGAACUAGCCUUGUUUGGAAACCAUGUGUUAAAAACCAGUGAGAAACUCAUUUCUACAUUAGUGAAGCCGACAGACACAAGUGACAGUGUCAGUUUUACUCUUCCUGCUGUAGAGGUAGAAGUCUUCAUGGUUGGACCAAAGGUCACCUUAGAGAAAAUCCCUCGACUUAACACAACAAACUCUUCUGUGGACAUCGAUCUCAUUGGGAUCGCUAGGAACAACAAUGGAAGAUCAGCUGCUGUGGCUUUCAUGAGCUACAACACAAUGGAGAAACUACUGAAGCCAGACUUCUUCAAAACAUCAAACAACACGAUUAAAACCAUGAUGUCCACUGUGAUCUCAGCUACUCUUCCCAAAACCACCAACACUACACUCACCAAACCAGUCAACUUCACCUUCAGACACAUCAGAGAAUUUGAUCCCAGUGGUUCACUGUCCUGUGUGUACUGGAAUAUCAGAGAGUGGAUUGGAGAUGGUUGUUCUGUUUUAAAGACUAACAGCAGCUACACUGUGUGUUCCUGUGUUCAUCUGUCCACAUUCGCUCUUGUGCAAAUCAGCCGCCCACCAAAGAUGGAUCUGGUGAUUUGGGGGUGUGUAAUCGUGGGACUGAUGUUCUUCAGUUUGGCGCUGUUGGCCUUUGCCCUUUAUAACUGGAGUCCUGUGCGUAAUUGGAUACGUGGUUGCGUUGUGCUGGGUCCUGAAGGCUACAACAGGGAAGAGUGA